GUCACAGUCAUUCCUGGGGAACCCACUGGUCAGCUCCUGGACGCUCCCCGUAUUAGACUGACCCCAGAACAGAGGCAGCUGCCAGGAUGGACCGGCUCUUGAGGAGGUGUCGCAUUAGAAGCUCACUGGCUAGAGAGUGCCUAGCAGAAAGCCUGGGGGUCUACGUCAUGAUUCUGUUUGGCUGUGGCUCAGUUGCCCAGGUCACGACCUCAAGGAACACCAAAGGAGAGUACCUGUCAAUCAACCUGGGCUUUGCCCUGGGCACCACAUUUGGUGUAUACAUCUCUAAAGGAGUUUCAGGUGCUCAUCUGAACCCGGCAGUGUCUCUCAGCCUCUGUCUUCUGGGCCGACACCCUUGGGUGCGUCUGCCGUUCUACAUCGUCUCUCAGCUCUUAGGCGCCUUCCUGGCCGCAGCUACUGUCCACCUCCAGUACCACGAUGCCAUUUCGGCCUUUGGUGGACAGGAAGUGACCGGACCCAAUGGCACAGCUGGCAUCUUUGCCACCUACCCAGCAGACUACCUUUCUCUGGGCUCUGGAGUCCUGGACCAGAUCGUUGGAACGGCAGCUCUGCUGCUAUGUGUCCUGGCGAUCGGAGACGAACGGAACACGCCGGCCCCUCGGGGCCUGGAACCUGUCCUGGUGGGGGCCAUCGUCAUGGUGAUCGGCGUGUCCAUGGGAUCGAACAGCGGCUACGCCAUCAAUCCUGCACGUGACCUGGGGCCCAGGGUCUACACCUACAUAGCCGGGUGGGGGGAAGAAGUGUUCAGUGCCGGGCAGUCGUGGUGGUGGGUGCCGGUGGUGGCCCCCUCCCUGGGCGCUGUGGUGGGAUCACUGCUGUACGAGCUGCUGGUGGGGGCACACUUCCCUGACGCAGACGCAGACGCCCUCACGGACGGACACGUCCUCACCAACCACCCAGCGCUGGAGCUCGGGGGCAAACAUCCAGACGGGGACAUUCCUAAACCGGCAAACCCACUGACCUCCCAGGAGUGGCCGGAGAGGCCCGCCUGAGGCUGUGCGUGGAGAGCAAAGAUCCUAGAGCAGAGGGGCGGAGAUUAAAGGGGCAGUCAGCGAUUGUGCAGGAAGUCAAGUUUGUUUAUGUUUAAGUUUGUAGUUACAUUUAUUAGCAGACGCUUUUUUUUGUAUUUUUUUUUUUUACUUUAUUGCCUUUAUUGAUAGGACAGUGGA